AUGACUGCUUCCAAACAUCUCGAAAACGAACAUUUAUUAGACGAAGAAUUCGUCCCUGUUCCUCAGGGUUUCUUUGACAGACAUCCAUCCGAACCAUGGUUGUCCUCUUUUGACGAGUACAAAUCCAUGUAUAGGGAGUCAAUUGAGGAACCAUCCAAAUUUUUUGGCAAGAUGGCCAAAGAGAAUUUGUCCUGGUUCAAGGAGUUUACUGUGGCUAAAUAUCCCGAGGCUCCGUUAUUCAAAGAGAACGGAGGUGAACCAUCUCAAUGGUUUAUUGAUGGCACAUUGAACGCUUCAUUCAACUGCAUCGAUCGUUGGGCUGCAAAAGACCCUAACAAAACGGCAAUAAUCUACGAGGCUGACGAACCUGAUGAAGGUAGAAAAGUCACCUACGGAGAACUACUUAAGGACGUUUGUAAGUUGGCCCAAGUUCUAAUAGGUCUUGGUGUUAAAAAAGGUGACACAGUGGCUGUCUACUUGCCUAUGAUUCCAGAAGUAGUGGUCACGUUGAUGGCAAUCAACAGGAUUGGUGCCAUUCAUUCUGUGGUAUUUGCUGGUUUUAGUUCUGUCUCUCUUAGAGACCGGAUUAUAGAUGCUGACUCCAGAAUCGUCAUAACCACCGACGAAUCUAAGAGGGGUGGCAAAACCAUCCAGACCAAAAAGAUUGUUGACGAUGCUCUGACUGGCUGCCCUGACGUUGAGCACGUUCUCGUGUACAAGAGAACUGGAAACAAUCAGAUUCCCUGGACUUUUGGAAGGGAUUUGUGGUGGCAUGAGGAAUUGGCCAAGUACAAGAAUUACUAUCCUGCCACUCCAAUGAACUCUGAAGAUACGUUGUUUUUGCUCUAUACAUCCGGUUCUACUGGCAAGCCUAAAGGUGUUCAGCACACCACUGCUGGAUAUUUACUUGGUGCUAUGCUGACCACCAAGUAUGUGUUUGACGUUCAUCCAGAGGACACCAUAUUCACUGCCGGUGAUGUUGGCUGGAUUACUGGCCACACAUACUCUGUUUAUGGCCCUCUUCUCAACGGUGCCACCACAGUUAUUUUUGAAGGAACCCCAGCAUAUCCUUCGUUCUCUAGAUAUUGGGAAAUCGUUGAUAAAUAUCACGUGAAUCAAUUUUAUGCCGCUCCAACUGCCUUGAGAUUGCUCAAGAAGGCAGGUGAACAGCACAUCAAAGAUUUCAAAAUGGAUUCCUUACGUGUCUUGGGAUCUGUGGGUGAGCCGAUAGCUGAAGAUAUCUGGAAUUGGUACAACAAGUAUGUUGGCCGCGGGCAAGCACAUAUUUGUGACACCUACUUCUCCACGGAAUCUGGCAGCCACAUGAUCGUUCCGUUGGCAGGAAUCACUCCCAUGAAGCCUGGUUCGGCCACCCUUCCUUUCUUUGGAUUUCAACCAGCAAUUGUUGAUCCAUUUACUGGAGAGGAAUUGAAGGAUAACGAGGUGGAAGGAGUGCUCUGCAUGAAAACUUCUUGGCCCUCUAUGGUUAGAACUAUCUGGAAAGAUUAUAACAGAUUUUUAGACACCUAUUUGAGACCUUACCAUGGCUUCUACUUUACAGGUGAUGGUGCAGCAAGAGACAAAGACGGCUACUACUGGAUUUUGGGCCGUGUUGACGAUGUGGUUAACGUCUCAGGUCACAGAUUGUCUACUGCUGAAAUUGAGGCCGCUCUCCUAAAGCAUCCUUUAGUCUCAGAGAAUGCCGUUGUUGGUUACCCUAACGAAUUAACAGGUUCCUCCAUCGCCGCUUACGUUUCCUUGAAGACCAUUCCAGAAGAUAUCAACUCAAUUAAAAAGGAGUUGAUAAUGACAGUCCGCAGGGAAAUUGGACCGUUUGCUGCUCCUAAACUGGUUUUAUUGGUCGAUGACUUACCAAAGACCAGAUCCGGUAAGAUUAUGAGAAGAAUCUUACGUAAGAUAUUGGCCGGAGAAGAGGAUCAAUUAGGGGACAUCUCCACGCUAAGUAAUCCAGGCGUUGUUGAGCAGUUGAUUCAUUUGGUUCAUAGUACCUGA